AAACCAAUAGGAGCUGGGAGGAUCGGCUCAAGUUUAUUCCAAGUGACACGUGUCUGUAAAUGUUAGAGCAUUUAUUACAGUAUAGCUUUUAAGCGAGUUGUGUGUGUGUGUGUUUUAAUUUAUAACCUCAACCUUAAACGAGGCUCUGCGUCCUUGGAAAAACGUCCCAACUUUGUACCCCUCCCCUCCCCUCCCCUCCCCUCCUCUCCUCUCUUCUCUCUCUCUCUCUCUCGUCUGUCUUGUUUUUUAAAGCCAUGCUCGUUACCAGAUCCGCUGAAAAGCUGCUUGCUUCAAAUCGCCUUCAAGCAUGCGCAGUCUGCCUGGGCAGAUGGCUCAGCGUUCAGGCAGGAGGCUGCAGAGGGAAGGCGUUGCCAAGGCGAUACCUGGGCCAGCCCAGCCCCUUCACUCACCCACACCUGCUGAAAACAGACGAGGUCACCCCAAAACUGACCCAAACGGAGUUCGAGCUCAGGAGGCACCGGCUGAUGGGACUGGUGGCCUCCCAGUCCGCUCCCAGUGCUCCCAGUCCGCACGCGGUGGUGGUUCUGUCUCAUCCCACACACAUCAUGAGCCACGACAUCCCCUACCCCUUCCACCAGAACCCCGACCUGCUCUAUCUCUGCGGCUUCACUGAACCGGACAGCGCCCUGCUGUUAGUUUCGGGGUCCCCCCCGCCCCGACACCGCUCCCUGCUCUUCGUACCCCCCCGGGACCCCAGGAUGGAGCUGUGGGACGGGCCCCGAUCCGGAACCGAUGGGGCCACAGCGCUCACUGGAGUUCAGGAGGCGUACCCCACUGCAGAGCUGGGCAGAGUCCUGCAGCAGCUGGCAGAAGACGGCUGUACUCUGUGGUAUGACGAAGCCCACGUGACUCACCCCAAGUUGCACGAUGAGUUCUUGCGCCCCCUGCUGGAGGGCAGGGGGAGGAGCAGCACUGGGCUGCGGGUUCGAUCCCGAGGGCUCUGCUUCACAGCCUGAGAGCCGUC